AUGCCUGGGAUUGUGUUUCUUCUCUAUCUUCUGGCCAAAACAUUAGCUCGCAAACAACCGAUAUUCCUCCAUAUCCAAGCUAGUACAUUUGUCUUCCUUGACAUGGAUUGGACUAGUGCAGAAAACCCCGCGUUCAUGGAAACGUCGAAUAUGCUUUACCCGGUUGGGACGUCUUCUUCCCCGAACCCACGAUUACAACGACUUAAGACUUGGCGAAAGGAAUUACGAAUCACUUCUCUGGUGAUGAACCCACCCGAUGUUGCGGACGUUGUCAGAAUCUUCACCCAUGCGUACCCCAGGUCAGGGCUUACAGCCCCAAAAAUGGAGAACUUUACCCGCCUCUUGAUUCAAACCUUCAAUGUGGACCUCUGUCGUUUCGACGAGAUCUUCGGUUUCACUCAAACAGAUCCGCUGUUUUGGCCAAAGCGAUCCAGGAAUUCGUGGAUGAUGUCCGGAGUGCUCUUGACGACCUGA